AUGCUCAAUUACAAUAUAACAAAAGAAUUUGUACGAUUACAACAAGAACAAAUUCAACAACAAAAAGUUCUUAUUACGUCUCCGACACAUACAAUCGAUUCAUCACAAACAAAUAAUAAUCAAAAAUCAUUAAUAUCAAAUACACAAUCAUUAACUAAUAUUGAUGGAAAAUCAACUAGCCCAAAGUUAAUAAAAAGAACAAAAAAAUUAUUCGAUUCAAUUGAUGACGAUGAAAGUGGAACGCCAGAAACAAGACUUGUUGAAACAAAUUCAAAUAUUCGUAAUAAUUUAUAUCAAACAACAUGA